CUCGGGAAAUUGAGAACCUGGAAGUUCACCUUUUCCCGCAAAACGAACACUUUCGGGUGCCAGGUCCGGGGCGGCGCUGAGGUUGCGGCGGGGGCGGGGUGAAAGCAAAGAAGUCUGCCCUGGCUAAACGUCCCCCUCUGCCCAACACAUACCUUCGCCUUCGAUCUGGCGAAGAGGAAAGUGGCAAACUCUCCUCUCUCCGCCAGCGAGGGUGAGGAAGGGGAGUACGCCUCUCUCGGCCCGAGGCGCUGACCGGGGCGCUUCCUAUUCCCCCCUGGACCAUGGGCUGGAGCUUGGGGAGCCCUUCUGACGCUCCUAUCUCCUUCCUCGAAGUCGUGUGUACCUGACUCCAGCGCUGAUGUACCUGGAGACACGUGCCUUCCCUCUUCCUUGUCCUCGCUAUGGUCCUGCCCAGUGGGUGGUGGCAGGCCUCCACACUGCCGGCUGAGCCUCUGAGCAACCGUUUUCCCAGCUCUUCUCUUCCAGGCUCAUUCCCUCAGUCAUUGUGACAACCUGUGCAGGCCUGAUUCCAAGCGGUGGGGUGAUGAGCAAGCAGAGCUUCCACUCUGGAGUGGGAGUGGAGGGCCUGGCCACCCCUCCCACAGAAUGCCUGAGGGCCCUGAGCUGCAUCUGGCCAGCCACUUUGUGAACGAGGCAUGCAGGGAGCUGGUGUUUGGCGGGUGUGUGGAGAAGUCCCCUGUCAGCCGCAACCCUGAGGUGCCCUUUGAGAGCAGCGCCUACCACAUCGCAGCUUUAGCCCGAGGCAAGGAGCUGUGCCUGACAUUGAGCCCCCUGCCUGGGGCCCAGCCCCCACGGGGGCCACUGGCCCUCGUCUUCCGCUUUGGCAUGACUGGCUCCUUCCAGCUGGUGCCCAGCGAUGCGCUGCCACCCCAUGCCCAUCUGCGCUUUUACACGGCUCCCCCUGGCCCCCGACUUGCUCUCUGCUUCGUGGACGUCCGCCGCUUUGGCCACUGGGACCUCGGGGGCAAGUGGCAGCCAGGCCGCGGGCCGUGUGUCUUGCUGGAGUACGAGCAGUUCAGAAAACUGAGGUUCCCGCUGCCAAAACACCGAGGCUGGGAAGAGGGGAACUGGGACUCCCCAUUUCCUUCCCUUGCACCCAGGAACGGGUUCCCCCAGGUCCUCUCCCCUAACCCAUUGGGAGGCAGGGAGGGGUGGGGUGGGCAGAAUGGGUCUCAUGUGCCCAGACUGUGUCCCUCCAGGGAGAAUGUGUUACGAAACCUAGCAGACAAGGCCUUUGACCGGCCCAUUUGUGAGGCCCUCUUGGACCAGAGGUUCUUCAAUGGCAUUGGCAACUAUCUGCGGGCAGAGAUCCUAUACCGGCUGAGGAUACCCCCCUUCGAGAAGGCCCGCACGGUUCUGGAGGCACUGCAGCAGCGCAGGCCGAGCCCGGAGCUGACCCUGAGCCAGAAGAUCAGGGCCAAGCUGCAGAACCCAGACCUGCUGGAGCUGUGCCACUCAGUGCCCAAGGAAGUGGUCCAGCUGGGGGGCAAAGGCUAUGGGCCGGAGAGCACGGAGGAGGACUUUGCUGCCUUCCAAGCCUGGCUGCGGUGUUAUGGCACGCCGGGCAUGAGCUCCCUGCGGGACCGGCAGGGCCGCACCAUCUGGUUCCAGGGGGAUCCUGGACCCUUGGCGCCCAAAGGGGGCAAGUCCCGCAAGAAGAAAUCCAAGGGAGCACAGCGGGGUCCUGAGGACCAAGUGGAGAACCCUCCACUUCCAAACAAGGCCCCUUCAAGGACACGAAGGGCACGGAGAGGCCUUCCUGAGCAGACUGCGGCCCAGCAGCCCGAGGGGACCAGCCUCCAACGGGACCCAGAAGCCCCCCGUGUCCCUGAGAAAGGGAAGAGGGGGAGGCAACCAGCGACCUCAGGCCGCCGCAGACCCCAAAAGAUCAAGGCUGACACCCCAUCCUUGGAGCCUGAGGAGACCUCAGCCUCUUAGCAGGAGGGUCUCCUUGCUUGCAUCCACCCCUUCCUGCUGCCCUGGAUCUGGGCCUGUGCGGCUUCCUGGAAGUUGCAGGGGACUGGCUGCCCCUGGCCCUGUGGCCAUUCCCUAUACAACUAUGAUGUUUUUAAUUGUACCCAUUGUCCCCAUUUUUUAAGCCCACGUGAAAAAUGCUGUAAUUUUUAGUAAACUGAUAAACCUUGAA